AUGAAGUUCACUGGCCUUCUAACCCUUGUUUUAGGCUCUUUCGCCGCCACUAGCCAUGGCUAUGUCUUGGAUAAAUCUUGUGACCCGUAUCGAGAUAUGGUUAUCACGGGAAUGAAGAGUGCAUUUGAUCUCGCUCAAGCCGGAUCCGAUCUCUUGAGCCAUCUCACACCUUCAGGUAGCGGAGCCACCUGGCAAGCACAGAAAGACCUCGUCAAAUUCAUGUUCGCUGAAGCAUUGACAAAUGGUAACCCUGACCCUAAUAAUGCCAAUUGGAACACCGUUUCAAGCAAAUUCAACUUAGUCCUGGCAUACAACAGCAACGGAGGGCAGGGGCAGCCUGACAUAACUCCUACCAACAGCAACGCAGAUCAGACUGGCGUCUAUACACCCCUAGGUGCUGACAAGCUUGUCCUAUUUUGCGACUAUAGUCGCUUCACGAAAAACCAGAAUUGCGACAAAAUAGCGAAGCCUGGGAUUACCUGCGACAGAACCAAUGGUAUGGCCUGGCCGAUGGACGAUAUCUAUAACGACUGUAAGAGCAGAAGCAUCUUUAGUUCGAGUUCUAUCCAAGCUUGGACAUAUAAUUUUCCUAGCGGACAUAGGCGUGCUUCCCAGAUGCAACUAUGUCCUGGGUUUUUAGAGGAGACACAGAAGGCCAAAGUUCAAGCAUUGACAGGUGCGGGGAGAAAGCCUAUUCUGGCGAGGGGUUGGAAAAAGCUCUCAAGCUUGAUAGACGAUCCAUUUCGGACUCCUAUAGAUGUGGCUGCCACGUUCGAUCACACCUUGCUUCACGAGUUGACACACGCGAUUCCGGGUGGUGCAGAAACCGUGGAUUCAGGUGGUGGAAAGCUCGGUUCGUAUGGUUGGAAGAAUUGUGUGAAGUUAGCCACUAAAGAUGGCAAGCUGGACCCAAAUGACAAGAGUAGUCCGGUAGUAAACCUGGGCGUGAACAAUGCCGAUAGCUAUGCAUUCUUUGGCCUUGCCGCAAGGAUGAUCUCUCCGAAUGAUGGCGCCACAGCUCAGCGGCCCAUGAGUGACGGAUCGCUCCAAGUCCUUCCCGCUGCCAGAGGCUCGAGGCGGGAUGAUCUUCAUCUCGCCCCUAAGGAUAAUGCAAUAGUCAUACAAAAACCUGCGACGACUUCAACCGGCCAGGAAUACACGAUCGGCAGCAAUGUGAUCUGCUCUGAUGUAGCCUCCUCGGACACCUCUGCCGUCGUCUAUGACUAUUGUACGGCCUUUAAGAGCAGUGUGGACAAAUCCUCUAUUGUCUUCCCGGGCAAGACGUCUAUUAGUGGCGGACUGACCACAUUCAGCACUUUAACUCGUGGCCACAACUCGUCGUCCAGUGGGAUCAUCUUGCGUUCAAGCAAGAGCAGCGGAUCUAAAUCUGGCUCGGGGUCGGUAACCAAGGGCAGUGCCAGCAAUUCCGACGCCAGUUUCCCAGGCAAGGUGUCUAUCAGUAACCUUUCCACCUCCAGCAAAAGCGGAUCGACAAACGACACAGCUACUACCACGAGCACCGGUUCAUCAUCAGGCUUGUCAUCGUCUUCCUCGAAGUCUUUAAGUGAGACAGGACCGAGUAUAACCACUACUGUGACAUCAAGAGGAAACACCCAAGUAUUGACUCUUCCACCAUCUGGUAGCACAUCACCUCCCUCGACUUCUUCAACUGGUGCGGCCCUUGCAAUCAUUCCAAUUAAUUGGAGUACCGUGACACCUACUAAAACAUCAGGAGUAACAAAGGCCACCCAUGAUUCUCAUGGGUGGCCAAUCAUUCCCUCUCUUUAUUGCUGGUUCUGUCCUCAUAUUAGAGGUGGUAUAGAUAUUGGUUUUGUUAUUCCCGGCAUCAAAGGUCCCGGCGUUAUUCCUCCUCCCCCGCCUGGAAUGAAACCUCCUCCGGGAUUUUCAAUAAACAUGCCAUCGAUAACGUUAGAUCCCAAUGGAGAUCCUAGUUAUGAUUCAACAGAGCCCACUAGCCAAUUCAUUAGUUCUGCCUCUUCUGCCAAUACAGAAUCCAAAUCUAGUGGAUUAAGCAGCUCUAGCAGCUCUUGCUCGACGCGGACGAUAAGCACCUGCGACACAUCAUACUCCAUCUUUACCCCCUCAGGUGGGAAGACAGCGUCCACGUCCACCAUCACCCUCUCGUGCUCAACUGUAACCGCCUGCUCGGCCUCGCCGACCGGAUCGUCAACGACUAACAAUGCGGUGCUUACGGUCGGGCCCGUCGGUGACAAUUUCCUCGCGUGGGACACUGCCGCUCCGUCUUGGUACGAUGUGCAGCAGUGUUAG